AUGAAUGCGUCCACAUCACAAGCUUACACUGGGGAAGAACUAUGUUGUGAUGCUGGAGGAUAUUUGAAGCUUAAGAAGCUUGGUCUCCAUCAGCUUGAGAAUUUGCAGUAUAUCAGAUUAGCAAAAGGAGCAAUGACUGGGAUAAGCAGACUAGACAUCACGGCAUGCGAGGUACUAGAAACAGUGCCGGUUGGGAUCGAACACCUUAAAAGUAUAGAGUACCUGGUUCUGUGGGAGAUGCCUUCAAAAUUCAUCAACAAAAUAAAGCGGUCUCUUGAGACAUCUGAGGUUUCCAGUAAUAUCAUCCCUGCCAAGUUCCUCAGGUCUAUCACAGACAAUUUUGCUGCUCCGCCCCUCUUCUCCUUUGCUCUUCUGUUUCUCCUUAAUUCUCUCUCUCCUCUUUCUUUCUCUGCUUUAAGCAGGGCUUUGACUAUACUGGACCAUGCAGCAAAGAUAAAGAGCACCCCUGAACCUGAAGCAGAGAAGGACUAUGCUCUGACUGUAUCUACCCUGAAGGAUGAUCUUGUUAUGUUUGGUUAA